ACCUCCACCAUUGAGUACAUAGUAUAGACACUUGGUCCGUUUCUUUAGACGGAGCUUGUGCGUAGAGUUAGUGUCGUUAUCAUACACGUUGACUACCUUUAAUCAUUAGCCUUCAUAGAGUUAGUGCCUCUUUGUUCAUGGGUCGCUUCUCAACCUUGGGAGACCUUUAGAGCAAAAGAAAAAACUAUGGGAGGCCUAAAAGCAUACAUUAGAAUAUGUGGCCUUCUAAAACUUAACGUUAAAAGUCAUAUUAAAACAUUUUAAAAGGUAAAUUCUUAAAAUAAAAGAAUGCUUAGAUACUUUUCUCAGAUUCAACUUUCACAAAAAGUACAAGCAACUAAAAACCAAAAGUUUCAACAAUAUACAAUAGAACAUGUUGGUAAUUUAGCACGUGAUCGCUUGCAUGAAUCAAAACGUCGGUGAUAGGUCAUUCAUACUGCAAAGACCAAAUUCGUCUGCUAACCCUUCGCCUAACUUAGCAACAACAAGGCAUCGAUUUUAAGGUAAAUAAAUCUUAAUUGUGCACUGAUUACGAAAAAGAGAACUUGCUAUAUGAAUUGUAUUUAUCACCUGCUACAUGUAAACCAAUACUACAACGAAUAAACCAAUACUACAACGAAAAGUAUUUUUCGAUCAAAGUGAUCGGACCAGAGCAUUCAUAUACUUUGAAGUAUUGUCGUAAAACCACACGUAAAUUCUCUUACAGCAAUGUCUUCAUUGAAUUGAAUAGCAUACUAACUAAUGAAAGACUUAUAAAUAAAUAUCAAUAUAACACUAGGGUAUGGUAUUAUGCGAUUGGUAGGAGUUGAAAUGUUCGUGCGUAGUCUGCUCUGACUUUUAUAAUCAAGGUUGACUACACAUUUAGGUAAGCCCAUACGUCAUCUUGGUCUUCAAAUUAAUAUCUUAUUUCACACACUUGGAGAUUCUAACUGUCGGUCUAAUGAUUUAUCAUUUUAGCUCAAUAUUUCAUUUUUCUUUAGUGUUUAUAAUAUUCAGUUUAUUUCUUCAACCACAUGAUUGAAAAAAUUAUUCAUUGACAUAUCAAUGCAUGUAAUUAAGAUUCUACCCCAAGGAUAAAUAAUAAUCCCUCAAUGACUUAUUAAAAUGGCACGAAUCUUCCAAACUGUUAUAUUAACCACAAAUAGAAACAUAAUAUAUUAAAAGAGAUUAGUUGCAGAUUCUGUCCCAUUUUUAAUGAUGAAAUGCGAUGAGUACAUUUCCGAAAACUGUAUGUAGCGAAUAGAAGCCGAACAUUUCUUUUAAGUGGAUCAUAGCAGAUCAGAGCAUUAAGUGGUAAAUCUGAUGACCAGUCAGCAAACACGUGAAAGCUUCAAACAUCGAUCUGGUGUUUUCUGAAUACGCUAACACUUUUAUUUGUUUCCACACAAACAACGCAUUGAUUGUAAAAUAAGUUUUUGUGAUGAAUAAAUUUAGUAUUCAUUAAAAAAGAAACACAAGCGAUCACGAUAUUUGGUUGAAAGCUCUAAAAUGAUUUAUAAGAAAAAAUAAAUUAUAUCUAGAAUAUAAACUUAGUUACGUUAAAAUAAAACCUUCGUUACGUUGUCAUUUGUUCGUCCUUUAAUAAAUGGCUUGGAGUUGGCUUCAAGGACUACGACUUCAUGACAUGACAACCAUGAAGUGCAUAACUUCUUAACUUUUAUUUGCAAUGUUUGCCUUUGUCGAUUAGAGUAUCCUUAACUUUUAUUUGAGUGGGUUCAAAUUUUCCAACGACUAAUCGACUAAACAUUGCAUAGACUAUACUAUAUACACUGAUAUACGAUUGGUCAAAACUUAGUGCACAUGCACGUACUGAUAUAUGAUGUGCCAAUAAAUAGUGUAAUUGUUUCCACUUAAACAGAUAGACACUUAACGAAAUCAUGAUCUAAAUACAUACAUGAACGUAACUUCAAUCUUUUGGAAAUGUUGACCGCUGAAAUACGAAAUCAUUUCAUAAAACAAAGUUGGAAACUGCUUUUGUUUUCUAAUUCCGAGUAAAUCAGUGAAAUGGUAGUUAUGCUAAGAUUAAGGAAAAAAAAAUAUUCCAGUAUAAUCCUUUAUUACCUUGACUUGAUGAUGAUCAGUCGUCAUGCUUUGUAUAAUUAUACUCUAAUCCAUAAAUGAAUUUAUUUGAACUUUAAGAAAUCGUCAGAGGUGUGCCAAAAAAUAAAGUAGCCAAGCUCAUUUACUACUUUGUUUCUUGAAAACAUUAAUAUAUAGUAUAUAGAAACAUUAAUAUAUACAUCAAGAAUUUGAAACAGUCCUUUCUCACAUGAAUAAAACUAGUGAUAUAGUAUAUUAUUUUCUGUUUUGGUCAGAUCAUACAUGUUCCAUUUCAAAAUAAACCAACAUUUCAACUCGGAAAAACUAAUUUAUAUUAAUACAAUCUCUGCUCUUAUCGUUUAUAAUUUACACCUUACAGACGUACAUUGCAUACCUUACCAACUUUGUGUUAAUUAGAAACGAGGACAAUGUUAAUACUACUACUAGACUACAUGGCAAGCCCCUCGAUACCACUCUAUAUUAUAAAUAAGUUUUGUUACAACAAUAUAUAGAAAUGAUUUUACAGAAUUACUAUUAUUUUUUUUCUUUUUUGAAGCUUGAUUUUACAGAAUUAUUUUUAUAGAACAAUGUGCGUGUAGAGGUUAUGACCAAACUAUUUUUGUGGGUGCAAAUUAUGACCAAACUAUAAUGUAGCAAAGCUUAUACAAACCUUAUCUUUAUUAAAUUGAAAGAAAAAAGCUAUACAAACUUCUCUCUUCCUAUGCUGGUCAACAAAUAGAUGCGUGUGUUUCUAUAUAUAACAUAGAUGCAGGUAUUAGACAUCUUUACUGUACAUUUUUGGCUUGUACAUCUUUGACUACAAAAAAAUAAAAAUAAAACAUCAGAGUUUUUUGAUCCAAGAAAAAAACAUCAGAGUUUAUAUCAUCGGAUGAUGCCUAGUGGGAAGAGACCUCUUUCACCGGAAUCAAUGGCUCGAAAAAGAGAAGAGAAAGAAGAUUUGUAUUCUUGCACAACUUUGUCGGAGUCUGAUGUGUCUGCUUUUGUCUCUGAACUCACAGAUCAACCCACCCCACCAUCCAUGGAUUCAUCUUCUUCAUCUCUUACCCCUGGAGAACAAAGAAAGUCGAGACAACGAAACUACAGAGGGGUGAGACAAAGACCGUGGGGAAAGUACGCGGCGGAGAUCCGUGACCCGAACAAGGCAGCUCGUGUGUGGCUUGGCACGUUCAACACCGCAGAAGAAGCAGCGUUAGCAUAUGACAAAGCUGCUUUUGAGUUUAGAGGCCACAAGGCCAAGCUUAACUUCCCGGAGCACAUUCUUAUCAACUCAUCUACUCAUCGCUAUCCAUCAACCGCUACUUCACAUGAUCCCAUCAUCGUUACGCCAGUUCCACCAGUUGCUCCUGACAUACUUCUUGAUCAAUAUGGCAAAUAUCUAUCGGAAAAUAGCUACUCCAGUACUGCCAACUUGUCCAUGACUAUAUCGGCUUCUUCAUCCUCAUUGAGUCAACAAGAGAAUAUACCAAAAUUGGAGGAUAGUGAAAGCGUGAAAAACAUGAGUAUUCACAAAAGAAGAAAAUAGCAUAUCCAUGCAUGCUUUAGGAGUAUAUUCCUCAGUGAAACAUUUGCUUUACCACCCAAAACUUUAAGAAGUUACGUAGGGAUAUAGGUCCCUAAAUUGUUACAAAUAUUUUUUUAUUAAAAUUCUUAAUAAAUGUUUGCUCGUGCCGUCAAUUUAAUCCGGCUUUGACUUCUUUAUGAUUUUAUGUUUUGACACUGCAUAAUAGGGGUCAUUAAAGAGUGAUGGGGUGCAUUUAGGAUUCAGGCCUCGUGGAUGAAAACUGAAAGAUAACCUUUUGAGAUAUAUGAAUAUGCUAGAAGGAAUUUUAAUCUUCUUAUUUGCCAACGAGUUGGGCCAGUGAUAAAUAAGUUACGGCUAUAACUGCCGCCACUAAAUUCGAUUCGCUUGAACUAUUUAUGAUGUUUGGGUUUUUUCGGCAAAUAGGUAAAAUCAUCUUUUUUUACCCAAAAAAAAUGCUAGAAGGAAUCAAGAUGACUUGGAGAGCCGCAAGAAAGAAAGAAAGAACAGCCGCAAGUUCUGUAUUUUCCGGUGACCGGCGCGUGGUGGCUUCGUUAGCACCACCGCCGGUCUAGUUAGCCUUGCCGUCUCUGUCCUUUGUAGAUCUGCUAGUUAAGUGUUGUUUUGGGAUGCGAAUCUGGGUCUGCGUUUGGUGACGAAGCGGACAGUCCGUGUCUCUUCGAGGUCUCGUCGGGACUCGGUGGUGGGGCGGGUGGAGACAGUCCGUAUGGUUGGUUGUGCGGAGGUCUCCGCUAGGCUUAAGCUUCGUUUCCUCUUCUCUCUUGUAUUCAUCUUCUCCUCUUUGUCUCUCAGCAAAUCUGGAUUACUAGGGUUUUCAUUUCGUUUUAGAUCUCUAGAUCUUGAUUUGUCGCUCUGGUUUCAAUCCAUCUCAGAUGUUGUUGUUUUGGGUUAUCCUUGUCUGUGUGCUUCAGAUGGGUUCGUGCUUCAUCCUUUAUCCCAUCUGAUGUUUGUUAUUUGACAUAGAGGUUGAAUCUGAGGCAUCCUUGUUGGUUUGUAGUGUUUGUGUUAUGUCUGGUUUCAUCAACGGUAUAAGUGGUGGUGUGAUGGUGGCGGUUGUGUGUGAUGAGCAGAGCAUGCCUUUUAUUCUUCAGAAGUUGCAGGGUUCUUCUCACCUUUCCAUCUCUCAGGCAUGAAGGAGUCCUUCUCGCGGCCUUAUAAUAAGUGUGGUUUCCGGAUGUUCUCAUGAUUCUCUCGUUCUUUGGUGGCUUCGGUGAAGCAAUAUAAUGAAGUUGAGGGUGUAGGCUUUCCGAUGAAGGUUCGCUUGAGGAGGGGGCUUUAGUUUCGGGUGGUUGUCUCUUCUAUAUUUGGAGUUUUUUGCAAGGCGUUUUGGCUCUAGUUUGGUACCGUGAACGGAUGGUUCAGGUAUGUUUGGUCCGAUGUUGUUGUGUUGGCCACUACUCCGCUUACUCUCUCUUGUGCUUGGUUGGUUCUUGGCAAGAGUGCCGGCUGUUUCUAUGACUGGACGACUUAUUUCUAUUAGCCUCUUCAAGGUUUGUCUUCGGUUUUGGUUAUAAGAUUGCAGUCUCAUCUUGUGUUUGCCGUAGUUGUUGUAUGUGUUGCCUUUUGUUUGGGUUUAAGAAUCCCGUUUGUGGGCUAUGUUUCCGGGGAUAGUAAUGUGUUUCCACCGGCUUUUGGUUAUCAUGCUUGUAUGUUCUCAGUUUUAUCAAUCAAUCAAAUUCAGAAGG